AUGGCUGGCAUCGGCGAUACGGUUCUUACGACCACGAUUUCGCUAAAGGUGGAGGCUGCAAUGGAGAACUGCAGUGAUGAGACUGGCGGCGUGCGACGUUUGCUGAACCACAAUUUGUUGAAGCAAUUGUGCAACGUGAUUGUCGGAGUGAACAAUGGGAAGGUUGAGAUCAAGAAGUGUGGAUUGCACAUGGAGAAUGAGGGCGUGACGAUUCUAGCAUUUGAGUUGGACCCACAGAGUGCUCUCGCCAUUGUACCUGGCAGCAAUGUGGAAGGCUCCGUGGAUUUGGCGAUCGCAGCCCUUGCUGGAGUGCAGACGAUGCAUCGUGUGAGCAAGAUUGAUUGA